UUCUGUGGUCUGGUCUCUCUCUCUCUGUGUGUUAGAAAUCGCGUCGAGUCUCACUCUAUAGAGUCCACCGAGCAAAUAGACAAUAAUCGAGAGAUCAGAGAUGCAAGCUAUCUCCAAAGUUUCUUCUGCAGCCUCCUUCUUUCGAUGUUCUAGGCUAACAAGUCAGCCAUGUCUAAGGCCAUGCGUGAGACAGCUUCACCUCAGAAAGGGUCUUGUAUCUGGUGUGAUGAAGUUGUUCUCUUCCCCUCUUAGGACUCUGCGUGGUUCUGGUAUAUCCGUUCGCGUUUCAAGAUUCUGCACUGUCUCCAAUGUCUCUACCUCAUUGCAAAUUGAACUGGUGCCAUGUCUUGCAGACAACUAUGCUUAUAUUUUACAUGACGAGGAUACUGGUACAGUUGGUGUAGUUGACCCUUCUGAAGCUGUACCUGUUAUGGAUGCACUGCAGAAGCAUAGUCGAAAUCUAACAUAUAUUUUAAAUACACAUCACCAUCAUGAUCACACGGGUGGGAAUUUGGAACUAAAAGACAGGUAUGGUGCAAAGGUGAUCGGCUCAGCUGUAGAUAGGGGCCGGAUUCCUGGAAUUGAUAUUGCCUUAAAAGAUGGUGACAAAUGGAUCUUUGCUGGCCAUGAAGUCCAUGUCAUGGAAACUCCUGGGCACACAAAAGGCCAUAUUAGUUUCUACUUUCCAGGGGCACGAGCAAUUUUCACCGGGGACACCUUAUUUAGCUUAUCAUGUGGUAAGCUCUUUGAAGGUACUCCAGAGCAGAUGCUAGCUUCUCUCCAGAAGAUAAUUGCUUUGCCGGACGACACAAGCAUAUAUUGUGGCCAUGAGUAUACCCUGAGUAAUUCCAAGUUUGCAUUGUCUAUAGAACCAACUAACGAAGUACUUCAGUCUUAUGCAGCCUACGUUGCAGAGCUCCGUGACAAGAAGUUACCAACGAUUCCAACAACGAUGAAGAUGGAGAAGGCUUGUAACCCGUUUCUCCGUGCAUGGAACACAGAUAUCCGUCGGGCUUUAGGUAUUCCAGAGACAGCAGAUGAAGCAGAAGCUCUGGGUAUUAUAAGGAGAGCCAAGGACAAUUUCAAAGCUUAGCUAAUGGCUGUUCCUCUGUACAGAAGUUGAUGAGAUCCGGUUUAAUAUGUAGUGUUGCUGAAUAAGUUAUUUUGAGUUUUGACCGUGAAACCCGUCGUAGCGAAUUCUUACUCAUACUCGAUGAUCUUUUCUUGUAGAAUUUUAAAAACUUAAAACUUCAAUUUCUUCUUUCA